AUGAGUUCCGGCGGUCCUUUGGUGGCUCUACCACCUGUCGCCUCGCGACGUGGUGGACAAGGCUUCGUGGUAGAGUCUUCAAUUCCAACGCGCAACCCCGCAUCAGAAAAGUGCGUAGAUGCAUCGUCAACGCCAACGCCAUCAUUAUCUCAUCCAGGAAAUGAAAUACCGCCAGAGGAAGAGAAAAAGGCCCUGUGGUUAUCUGCCCCAUCAAGCCAUCUCUUCCUUCCUCAAACAUCAUACGGGAAUUCCCCAGCAGCGAAGCUAAAAGUAUUCGUAAUUCGCACAUCAUCACUCGGACUAUCUUCACUAUAUAUUGUUGUGACCUCUUUUAUGGCAACAAUCAACACAGUGGCUGGGUUAUUUAAAUAUUCCCUACGACGCCUGAUUCUCCAAAAUCCGGAUGCUGACAGACCCUUCUAUGAUGAGGAAAAGAGGCGGCGAAAAAGGCGAAUUGAGGAAGAGCAUACCUGGAAGAGGAUGGGAAAAGACGACGUCGAGAACCAGGCUGGACUUGAAUUCCCGCCAACAGAAGGAGGACCUGAUCCAGUCGUGAACGAUGCGGGGUACUAUGCACGGAGAGUCGGACUCGAUGUUGAAUGCUUCAAAGUCCAGACAGAGGACGGCUAUAUCCUCGAGCUCUGGCACGUCUACAACCCAAGGGAAUACGAGCCCAUGACCGAAGACCAGAGAGGCCCAAGAGGACCCGGGGUUUUCACCAGCGCAGGACCAUCUCGCCCACUCGAUGCAUCCCAAAAGCCCAAAUUCCCAAUACUUAUGCUCCAUGGAUUAAUGCAAUCCAUCGGCACAUUCUGCUCCAACGACGAUGAUUCUCUAGCCUUCUACCUGUGCAAAGCAGGCUACGAUGUUUGGCUGGGCAACAAUCGUUGCGGUUCAGGCGCCGAACACAUAUCCCUCAAAGCUUCCGACCCACGCUUAUGGGCCUGGUCUCCGCGUGAAAUGGGCGUAUAUGAUCUCCCAGCGUUCACCUCCCGCGUCCUCUCCGAGACGGGGUUCGAAAAAUUGGGUCUCGUUGGCCACUCGCAAGGUACAACACAAACCUUUAUCGCAUUAUCCAAAGAGCAGCGUCCAGACCUGGGUGACAAGUUCACCAGUUUCUGUGCUCUCGCUCCCGCCGUCUACGGUGGCCCCUGGCUCGAUAAAUGGUAUCUAAAAUUCAUCAACAGACUAUCUCUCCCUCUCUACCACAUGGUAUUUGGUGUCCACUCCUUCAUCCCGAUCAUGAUGACGAUGAAAGGCAUUAUCCCCGGCCGUUUGUACGGCGCUAUGGGAUACCACAUGUUUAAUUAUCUAUUCUCCUGGUCAGAUAGACGCUGGGAUAGGGGAUUGCGGAAUCGCAUGUUCCAGUGCUCCCCCGUGCAUGUCAGUGCCCAAUGCAUGCACUGGUGGUUAGGGCGCGAUGGCUUCGCAACGAAUAGGUGUAUUCUUGAAACCCCCGAGGAGGAGCGUAUUGCUGAUGACAUGGCGGCGAUUGAUUUUUCCCUCGGUGCAACGAAUAAUUCACCCCCAAAGCCUUUGUCUAUAGAACAAACAUGUUGGUACGAUUCCCGCAUGCCCCCCCUCGCCCUUUGGGUCUCGGGAGCAGACGCCCUAGUCGACGGAAGAAAACUCGUCCGUCGAUUUAAGAAUGGGAGGGAACCAUUUGUCCGAGUCGUGCACCAGAAGGUUAUCGAGGAGUAUGAGCAUCUGGAUGUAGUAUGGGCUAUGGAUGUUAUUGAGCAGGUGGGCAGGGAGGUUAGGGAUGUGCUGUGGAUCACCUGUGAUGUUAAGGAUCGGGUGAGGACACCGAGGGGAUGUGAGGAAGUUGUUGUUUAG